AUGUUGAUAGAUGUUGAAGGAAAUGAACUGAAAGUAACACCACAGUCUGUUCAUGACAUGUUGGGCAUUCCAAUAGGUGGAACCAUACUUACACAAAUGGAUCAAUGGCCUAAAGAUGAUACUAGUUAUGAUGAAUGGAAGCAACAGUUUCAAGAAGGAUUAAUUAUCCGAUUGAAUGCGAUCAAAAAAGUUAUUGUUAGUACCACAAAAGCUUAUUUCAAUUUCAAAUUGAACUUCUUAGUUCUUUUUGUCAACACGUUUUGUGAGUCAACAUCAAUGGGAAAAUGCAACAUGUUUCCUUUGAGUUAUAUUUCAAGAAAAACAGAUAUCAUCAACAUAGACUGGUGCAGCUCUGUUUUGGACUGUCUUGUCAGAACAAAGAACUCAUACAUACCAUACUCAGAUAAGAACUACUUUGUUGGACCUUCAGCUUUGUUGGUGUUGUUCUAUGCUGAUAACAUCCACUCAGAAGCUUUAACGGUAACACGUAAACGUCCAACAAUUUGUUAUUGGAGUUCAGCGAAGAUUAGAUAUCGAGAGACAUUUGAACAAGAAGAAGGUAGAUUUAGACUUGGAGUAUUAAAUGAAGAAUUCGUUAAUGAACAAGAUGAAGGAGAUAUAGAUCUCGAAGAUGAAGAUGAAGACGAAGUUGAACAUGAAGAUGAUUAUGUUGAGGCAUAUGAAUCAAAAAGAUCUAAAAUGCUUAAUAGUUUUGAGAGGAUGAAGGAAAAGUUGAAUUCAAAGCUCAAUGAUGCGAUAACAAAGUUCCCUGAAAAGGAAAGUUUUAGGAUUUUCAAAGAAAAGAUGACAAAUAUAAUUGUUGAAGAAAAAACUGAAAGCACAACACUUUUUGAAUUUCCAAAUAAAGAGGGAAAUGGUGAAGAAGACAAUGAUAAUGAUGAAAGUCAACCGGAAGUAGAUUAUUUGCUUGAUUCAAAUGAAACAGAGAAUGAAGGAAUAAAGAAUGAUGGAGAUAAGAAUCAAAAAGAAGGUGAAACUGAAGUAAAAGAGAAAGAUGGAAAGAACAAUGAAAAUAACAAUGAUGAAGAGAAAAAAGAUGAUGAUGCUGAAGAAACAAAUAAUCAUGAAGAGACUAUUCAACAAACUGAAAAUGAAAAUUUGUUGGAUAAAGUUGUUGACAACAUUGUGGAUGAAAUCUCGAAUGACCCUGAAAUGAAAACUAUUUUGGAUAAUAUUGAUAUAGGCUCACCAAUGACUAGAAGUAAAACUAAUACUCUGAUCAGUCAAGUUAUUCAAGAAAAGAGAAAAUCAGAAGGUGUACAUAAACAAGGAAAAGAAGUUGAAAAAACAAAGGGAGAUGAUACAGGUAAAUGA